UGCCGCUGCCAGAGCCGGGCGCCAGUCUCCUCCCUGCGCUCAACUCCGCCGCACCAUGGCUCUCCGACUGGUGAUCGUGCUUCCCGCCCUGCUGGCCUCUGCUGCCGGCCAGAUCACCAGCUGCGAGUACUCAGAGGGUCUGCAGACCUACCCGGAUCCGUACAGCUGCGACAGCUACUUCAAGUGCGCCAACGGCACGCUCACCCAGGAACGCUGCGAGAACGGUCUGCUCUUCUCGGGAAUCGGCGCCGUUCACGACAACUGCGACUACUUCUGGCGGGUCGAGUGCGGAGAUCGGCCGUUCGAACUGUCGGCCGCGCGCGACGGCGCCUGCCCUUACAGCUUCGGCCUGUUCCCGUCCGGCGACGGGUGCGCUGACUACUUCGUCAAGUGCGCGUACGGCGAGGUGCAGCCAGAGCUGUGCACCGAGGGGCUGGCUUACGACGAGCGGAGUCACUCCUGCAACUGGCCCGACCUGCUGCCCGAGUGCUCCCCCGGAGAUGCUGAACAGCUGGUGGGCUACUCCUGCCCCGACAAGAUCCCAGCUGGCUCUGCGUCGCUGAGGUUCGGACCUUUCCCGCGCUUCGCCACCGGCGAGUGCGACCGGCUGGUCACAUGCAUCAACUAUUACCCGCGCCUCACCAAGUGCGGCGAGGGCAAGGCCGUCGACGAGAACUCGCUCACCUGCGUCGACGCCGAGCUGGUGCCCGGCUGCGGGUACGCCAAGUAGAACACAAGGGAGUGAUCACUUCUAGAAGCAGGACGAUUGGGGGUUGGAUCAGCAAACCGUCCGGAAACGGGACUCUGGGUGCUAUCAACUUAUAGCACUGGCCACAUCCGACCGUGCCAGCUGUGUCCUGCGCUAGUUUCAACUCUGGUCCGGUGUUUUGACGUAAAUACUCGUGCGUCCUGCGUUAUUAAAAUCCGCGAUGUACAGCAUGGCAGGUCUAGGUGGUGUCACCAUUGAUAGAAGCUCGUGACCAUCAAAAACGCUGUCUGCCAGGUCAGGAGGACGGGAUGCGUGCAGAUGAAUUCCACUCCUUCACAGGCCUUGCCGACUGCGGUCAUUCUGGUGGUUCGACUGCUUCACCGCUCCAGCCUAAUAGACCAAUACAUGUACAUUAUUGAAAACGGUGGAAGCACAGGUUUGGAGCUGUCUGUUUCUGUAAAGGAAAAUGUUCUUGGUGACGAUGGUUGGCUUUUAGGUGUACUCAAGUGAUAAUGAACUGGUGUAAUACACGUUGGUAUAAA